GUGUAGUAUGUAAAAACGAUUUAGAAAUAAAAGUAAAAUAAAAUAAAAUAACAUAAAUAUGGACUGUGAGAAUGAAGAUAUUUUUGCAUGUAAAUGUGAAGAAAAGCAUGAAGAUUUACUACAAUUUCUUAAUGAUAAGGUAGAUGCUGUUUAUUUAUUUAGAGAUAGAUAUUUUGAAAAUCACAAGAUUGAAGAUGCAAUAAGGAAAAAUGAGGAAAUCCAAAUGUUACUGCAAACUACUUUAAAACUAUUUAAUGAUCAUGAACCACUAAUUAAGGAUGUAAGUCGUGCAAAAUAUAACUUUUUGAAAGGAAAGCUACUCAAUGUUGUACCUAAAUACAACAAAGAAGCAGAAAAUUUACUAUCAAAAUCAAUCAAGUUAGACCCAAAGUUAGUCGAUGCAUGGAACGAAUUGGGAGAAUGUUAUUGGAAAAAUGAUGAAUUAGGAAAAUCCAUUAAUUGUUUUGAAGGAGCCCUAAAGGAGAAAAAGAACAAAUAUUCUUUAAGAAGUCUGUCUAUGUUAUCAAGACAAGCAGCAUCAAAAAAUAGGGAAGAAAGGGUAAAGAAUAUAGAAAAAGGAUUAAGUUAUGCAAAAGAAGCCGUUCAGCUGGAUCCACAUGAUGGCUUAUCUUGGGCAGUAUUAGGCAAUGCCCAUUUAUCAUCAUUUUUUGGAAUACAGCAAAAUCCAAAAAUUCUAAAACAAUGUUUAAGUGCUUAUUCACAAGCGGAAAAAGAUUUAGUAGCUAAAAGUACUCCAGAUCUACACUACAAUAAGGGCAUAACGUUAAAAUACGAAGAAGAAUAUAAACUAGCUUUAGAAUCGUUUAACGAAGCUUCCCUUUUCGACCCCACUUGGGAACCACCUACGAUUAAGGAGAAGCAACUCGUGAAGUAUUUGAAUGACAUACAAGAAUUGGUGUCUACAAGUGGAAAAAUGAAAGCUAAACGAUUGCAACAGACACUUCAGUCAAUAGAUUCAAAACAGUUGGGUCCUUACAGUGGAGGAAGUUAUACGUCUUCCAACGGUGAAGCGGUAAAGCUUAUUGAAACAAAAUUGUCAGAUUUAAAACCCGGCAUUAAUGAAGAACGAGUGAUUUUAGGGAAAGUGGUUUGUUCAGUUAGGAAUGAGGAUACAGUACCAUUUACAUUCUGUUUGGUCGAUAAGGCUGGGACUUGUGUGGUUGUGACAGUUUUUAAUUUAGCCGAUGGGAAAGGAGUUAUAAUAGGAGAUUCCGUCGCUAUACCGGAACCUUAUUUAACCAUCAUUGAUUUUUCUUACAAAGGAAAUGAAUACAAAUUUAGGCUCAUCAGGGUGGAAACACCAGUGAUAUUAGUAGUGAAUGGCAAAAAAGUCAGUAGAGACUUACAGGCGGGUGUUCAAAUGUCAAUAUUUAAAAAAUUCGACUAGCAGUGAUUUAAAUUAUGAAACAUAUUGGUUGAUAUAUCAGGAUGAGACUAAAAGUGCAAUUAAAACAUUAAAAACAGCUUUAACUGACAUGAUUAUCGACUGAUAUACCUAAUCAAUAGAUUUACCGAAAGGAUGUUGCAAGGUAAAAGUUCUGUACCACAUUUAUAUACACAAAAUAUUAAUUCGCUUAUUUAUUUUGGAGUAGUUAUGUAAAAUAUGUGGCUGAAAACAUUUGGUUCUGUAUAAAUGGUUUAUAAUCUUGCAAAUUAUCUACAAAGUUUUGAUGUCUGUGAUAAUAGUUGGAUGAAAAUAAAAUGAAGUAAAAUAUUUAUAUAACAACUUUUAUCUUUAGUAAAUGUAGUGUUUUCUGUAAAAAAAAUAUAAAUAUGCAUUUACUCACUACUGUAUAUAAAUGUGGUUUAGUUUAUGUGUGAUGGAUAAAGAAAAUAUCGUGAUGCCAAAAAAUGUCACUGAUUUUUUUUUUGAAUUAAGACUAAUUUUUAAAUUUAUUUUGUAGUGUAUACCAUACUGAA